CGCGGACAGACGGGCGGACGACGCACCGAUCAGUAGACGAACCGCAGCGCGGGCACAGGCGGCGGGGCAGCAGGUGUGGGCCAGGCACUGGGCCCCAGGCUCCAGCCACAUUGAGGUCUGCCUUCCCUGACACUGGUCACCACUCAGGACACCAUGAGCCAGUCAGGGGCCGUGAGCUGCUGCCCAGGUGCUGCCAACGGCAGCCUGAGCCGGUCUGACAGUGUGGCUGGUGUGGUCAAGAUGAGCGCCAAAGACCUGUUUGAACAGAGGAAGAAGUACUCCAACUCCAAUGUAAUCAUGCACGAGACCUCACAGUACCACGUCCAGCACCUGGCCACGUUCAUCAUGGACAAGAGCGAGGCCAUCACAUCCGUGGACGAUGCCAUCCGAAAGCUGGUGCAGCUAAGCUCCAAGGAGAAGGUGUGGGCCCAGGAGGUGCUGCUCCAAGUGAAUGACAAGUCACUGAGGCUGCUGGACGUCGAGUCUCAGGAAGAGCUGGAGGACUUCCCACUGCCCACUGUGCAGCACAGCCAGACGGUGUUGAACCAGCUGCGGUACCCCUCGGUGCUGCUGCUGGUGUGCCAGGACUCAGAGCAGAGCAAACCCGACAUCCACUUCUUCUACUGCGAUGAGGUGGAGGCCGAGCUGGUGCAGGAGGACAUUGAGAGCGCGCUGGCCGACUGCCGGCUCGGGAAGAAGAUGCGUCCACAGACCCUGAAGGGGCACCAGGAAAAGAUCCGGCAGCGGCAGUCUAUCCUGCCCCCUCCCCGGAGCCCGGCCCCCAUCCCCUUCCAGCGCCAGGCUGGGGACUCCCCUCAGGCCAGGAACCGCGUGGGCUUACCAGUGCCACUCAGUGAGCCAGGCUAUCACCAGCGAGAAUCACAAGAUGAGGAGCCACGGGCCAUCCUGGCUCAGAGGAUUGAGAAGGAGACGCAAAUCCUCAACUGUGCCCUGGACGAUAUUGAAUGGUUCGUGGCCCGGCUGCAGAAGGCGGCAGAGGCUUUCAAGCAGCUAAACCAGCGGAAGAAGGGGAAGAAGAAGGGCAAGAAGGGGCCAGCAGAGGGCGUCCUCACCUUGCGGGCCCGGCCCCCCUCCGAAGGCGAGUUUGUUGAUUGUUUCCAGAAAACCAAGCUGGCCAUUAACCUGCUGGCAAAGCUACAGAAGCACAUUCAGAACCCGAGUGCGGCAGAGCUGGUGCACUUCCUCUUUGGACCUCUGGACCUGAUCGUCAACACCUGUGGAGGCCCAGACAUCGCACGUUCCGUCUCCAGCCCCCUGCUCUCCAGAGAUGCUGUGGGCUUCCUGCGUGGCCACCUGGUACCCAAAGAGAUGUUGCUGUGGGAGUCGCUGGGGGAGACCUGGACGAGGCCCCGCUCUGAGUGGCCUCGGGAGCUGCAAGUGCCCCUCUAUGUGCCCAAGUUCCAUAGCGGCUGGGAGCCACCCCUGGAUGUGCUGCAGGAGGCUCCCUGGGAAGUGGAGGGACUGGUGUCUGCCCCUGAUGACCAGCCAUCCCUAAUGAGCCGACUGUCGAUGCGCCACUCCAGAAAGCCCACAGUGCCGGGGGACACCGUCCCACCAGUCAGCUCCCCACAGACUCACAGGAGCUACCAGCCAACACCAGCCAUGACCACGUAUGUGAAGAUCCUGUACGACUUCACAGCACGCAACGCCAACGAGCUAUCUGUGCUCAGGGAUGAAGUCCUAGAGGUGUUGGAGGAUGGCCGGCAGUGGUGGAAGCUGAGAAAUCGCAGUGGCCAGUCUGGCUACGUGCCCUGCAACAUCUUGGUUGAGGCUCGGCCAGAGGAUGUGGGCACCCCCCUGGAGCAGGCCAGCCAGAAAUACUGGAGUCCCUCCAGUCCAACCCACAAACUGCCCCCAACUUUUGCAGGGAACAAAGACGAGCUCAUCCACCACAUGGACGAGGUCAAUGAUGAGCUCAUGAAGAAGAUCAGUCAUAUCAAGGCUCAGCCGCAGCGCCACUUCCGCGUGGAGCGCAGCCAGCCUGUGCACCUGCCGCUUACCUUUGAGUCGGGCCCUGAUGAGGUCCGGGCCUGGCUGGAAGCCAAGGCCUUCAGUGGCCGGAUUGUGGAUAACCUGGGCAUCCUGACUGGGCCCCAGCUCUUCUCACUCAACAAGGACGAGCUGAAGAAGGUGUGUGGAGAGGAGGGCAUCCGUGUGUACAGCCAGCUCACAGUGCAGAAGGCCUUCCUGGAGAAGCAGCAAAGUGGGUCAGAGCUGGAGGAACUCAUGAACAAGUUUCAUUCCAAGAACCAGAGAAGGGCUGAGGACAGUUAGACCAGCCUGCCC